UUGGCCACCCCUGGCAGGAGCCGCACCUCGGACAGCAGCAGCGGCUGCCGCGGGAGGGUCUGUGAGGCGCCCGGUGGCGACGGCGGCACUGGGGUCCUGCGCGCGAGAGUGCGACCCGACGCGGAGACCGCGGGCGGACGCUCUGCGCUGCUGGACCGGACAUUCAGUGACUGGACCCAGGUAUUCACCGGGGAACAAGCGGCAGAAGAGCGACUCGGGAGCAAGUGUGAGAGAGGAAGCGGCGGCCGCGACGCGGGGCCCGGGGUGGUGACAGCAGGUCUGAGGUGCACCAUAAAUACAAAAGACUGAAGUUAUAAAAGAGAAAAAAAAAAGAUUGCUGCUAUAAUGACUCUGAACAAUACAGUAUAUUUUGUCCCAUAUAUGAAAAGGUACUGAAAUUUUACACCCUCCCCCCUCAAAUAUUUGUCAAUGAGAGAGAAAGCUGAUUGGGAUUUCAAAGGCAAAGUGUUUGCACAUAUUGGUCAUCAUGCGGAAAGGCGUGCCACGAGACCCAGAGAUUGCUGAUCUGUUCUAUAAAGAUGAUCCUGAAGAACUUUUUAUUGGUUUACAUGAAAUUGGACAUGGAAGUUUUGGAGCAGUUUAUUUUGCCACAAAUGCUCACACCAAUGAGGUGGUGGCGAUUAAGAAAAUGUCCUAUAGUGGGAAGCAGGCACAUGAGAAAUGGCAAGAUAUUCUUAAGGAAGUCAAAUUUCUACAACAAUUGAGACAUCCUAAUACCAUUGAAUACAAAGGUUGCUACUUGAAAGAGCACACUGCUUGGUUGGUGAUGGAAUAUUGCUUAGGCUCAGCCUCUGAUUUGUUAGAAGUUCAUAAGAAACCACUUCAGGAAGUGGAGAUCGCUGCCAUUACUCACGGUGCCUUGCAGGGGCUAGCCUACCUGCAUUCUCAUGCAUUGAUUCAUAGGGAUAUUAAAGCAGGAAACAUUCUUCUAACAGAGCCAGGUCAGGUGAAACUAGCGGAUUUUGGAUCUGCCUCAAUGGCUUCUCCUGCCAAUUCCUUCGUGGGCACACCUUACUGGAUGGCUCCAGAGGUGAUCUUAGCUAUGGAUGAAGGACAGUAUGAUGGGAAAGUUGAUAUUUGGUCACUUGGGAUCACCUGCAUUGAAAUGGCGGAACGGAAGCCCCCUCUUUUCAACAUGAAUGCCAUGAGUGCCUUAUAUCACAUUGCCCAGAAUGACUCCCCCACGUUACAGUCUAAUGAAUGGACAGAUCCCUUCAGGAGAUUUGUUGAUUACUGCUUACAGAAAAUGCCUCAGGAAAGGCCAACAUCAGCGGAACUGUUACGGCAUGACUUCGUUCGACGAGACCGUCCACUUCGUGUCCUUAUUGACCUUAUACAGAGGACAAAAGAUGCUGUUCGUGAGCUAGAUAACCUACAAUACCGGAAAAUGAAAAAAAUCCUUUUCCAAGAGACACGAAAUGGACCCUUGAAUGAGUCACAGGAAGAUGAAGAAGACAGCGAACAUGGAACCAGCCUGAGCAGGGAAUUGGACAGCCUGGGCAGCAACCAUUCCAUCCCAAGCAUGUCUGUGAGUACAGGCAGCCAGGGCAGCAGCGUGAACAGCAUGCAAGAGGUCAUGGACGAUAGCAGCUCUGAACUUGUCAUGAUGCAUGAUGAUGAAAGCCCAGUAAAUUCCACUUCCUCUGUUGUGUACAAGAAAGAUCAUGUAUUCAUAAGGGAUGAGGCGGGCCACGGCGAUCCCAGGCCUGAGCCGCGGCCUACCCAGUCAGUUCAGAGCCAGGCCCUCCACUACCGGAACAGAGAGCGCUUUGCCACGAUCAAAUCAGCAUCUUUGGUUACACGACAGAUCCAUGAGCAUGAGCAGGAGAACGAGUUGCGGGAACAGAUGUCAGGUUAUAAGCGGAUGCGGCGCCAGCACCAGAAGCAGCUGAUCGCCCUGGAGAACAAGUUGAAGGCUGAGAUGGACGAGCACCGCCUCAAGCUACAGAAAGAGGUGGAGACACAUGCCAACAACUCGUCCAUCGAGCUGGAGAAGCUGGCCAAGAAGCAAGUGGCUAUCAUAGAAAAGGAGGCAAAGGUAGCUGCAGCAGAUGAGAAGAAGUUCCAGCAACAGAUCUUGGCCCAGCAAAAGAAAGACUUGACAACUUUCUUAGAAAGUCAGAAGAAGCAGUAUAAGAUUUGUAAGGAAAAGAUAAAAGAGGAGAUGAAUGAGGACCAUAGCACACCCAAGAAGGAAAAGCAGGAGCGGAUAUCUAAGCAUAAAGAGAACUUGCAGCACACACAGGCUGAAGAGGAAGCCCACCUUCUCACUCAGCAGAGACUGUACUAUGACAAAAACUGUCGUUUCUUCAAGCGGAAAAUAAUGAUCAAGCGGCAUGAAGUGGAGCAGCAGAAUAUUCGGGAGGAACUAAAUAAAAAGAGGACACAGAAGGAGAUGGAGCAUGCCAUGCUGAUCCGGCACGAUGAGUCCACCCGAGAGCUUGAGUACAGGCAGCUGCACACGUUACAGAAACUCCGCAUGGAUCUGAUCCGGCUACAGCACCAGACUGAACUGGAAAACCAGCUGGAGUACAAUAAGAGGCGAGAGAGGGAACUGCACAGAAAGCAUGUCAUGGAACUUCGGCAACAGCCAAAAAACUUAAAGGCCAUGGAAAUGCAAAUUAAAAAACAGUUUCAGGACACUUGCAAAGUACAGACCAAACAGUAUAAAGCACUCAAGAAUCACCAGUUGGAAGUUACUCCAAAGAAUGAGCACAAAACAAUCUUAAAGACACUGAAAGAUGAGCAGACAAGAAAACUUGCCAUUUUGGCAGAGCAGUAUGAACAGAGUAUAAAUGAAAUGAUGGCCUCUCAAGCGUUACGGCUAGAUGAGGCUCAAGAAGCAGAAUGCCAGGCCUUGAGGCUACAGCUCCAGCAGGAAAUGGAGCUACUCAAUGCCUACCAGAGCAAAAUCAAGAUGCAAACAGAGGCACAACAUGAACGUGAGCUCCAGAAGCUAGAGCAGAGGGUGUCUCUGCGCAGAGCACAUCUUGAACAGAAGAUUGAAGAAGAGCUGGCUGCCCUUCAGAAGGAACGCAGCGAGAGAAUAAAGUACCUAUUGGAAAGGCAAGAGCGAGAGAUUGAAACUUUUGACAUGGAGAGCCUCAGAAUGGGAUUUGGGAAUUUGGUUACAUUAGAUUUUCCUAAGGAGGACUAUAGAUGAGAUUAAAUUUUUUUGCCAUUUACAAAGAAAAAAAGAAAACAGAAAAAAAUUCAGACCCUACAAAACCACAUUCCCCAUUUUAACGGGCGUUGCUCUCACUCUCUCUCUCUCUUACUCUUACUGACAUCGUGUCGGACUAGUGCCUGUUUAUUCUUACUCCAUCAGGGGCCCCCUUCCUCCCCCCGUGUCAACUUUCAGUGCUGGCCAGAACUUGGCCAUCUCUUCUAUUCAUAGUACACGUCACAGUAUUGAUGUGAUUCAAAAUGUUUCAGUGAAAACUUUGGAGACAGUUUUAACAAAACCAAUAAACCAACAACAACAAAAAAAAGUGGAUGUAUAUUGCUUUAAGCAAUCACUCAUUACCACCAAUCUGUGAAAGUAAAGCAAAAAAAAAUAAUAAUAAUAAUAAAUGCCAAGGGGGAGAGAGACACAAUAUCCGCAGCCUUACACCUUAACUAGCUGCUGCAUUAUUUUAUUUUAUUUUAUUUUUUGGUAUUUAUUCAUCAGGAAUUAAAAAAAAAACAAAGUUUUAUUAAAGAUUGAAAAUUUGAUACAUUUUACAGAAACUAAUUGUGAUGUACAUAUCAGUGGUGACAUAUUAUUACUUUUUUGGGGAAUGGGGUGGGUGGGUGGGGUGAAGAGAUCUUGUGAUUUUUAAGAACCUGCUGGCAAGAGUUUAACUUGUCUUCAGCAUAUUCUGAUUGUAU